AUGUAUUUUAGCAACAGGAGCUACAUGGACAAAGUGGGGCUCUCUCUGACCUACUCUCUGAUUAUGUAUAUAGGAGUAUUCUCGGGCCCGGUUUUUCUGUGGAAUGAUCUGAAAAAUUGGCACAUAACAAGAACGUGUCUGGCUAUCUUAAACGGUCUUGUGGUUCUGGACUUGGUUCUGCUUAUAUUUGUGAGCAGCACACGAGGAUACGUAAAAGAGGAGGAGUACGUCCCGGGAGGAAAGUUCUGCUACGAGUGCAGGAAGGCAAAGCCCGAAAGAGCCCACCACUGCUCAAGAUGCAAGAAAUGCAUCAACAGAAUGGAUCACCACUGUCCAUGGGUUGGGUCGUGCAUCAACGCGAGCAAUCUUGGAAAUUUCAUCAAGCUGAUUUUUUCGAUUCUAAUGAGCUCUCUGAUGGCUCUCUUUCUGCACGGGUAUGUCUUCCAUCUUAAGAUAAGGUUGUUCUACGACUCAAUCGAGAUCAAGCCUUCCCUGUGCGUCAUCAGCGUAAAUAUUAUAAUUUUAAUCCUUGUGGCGACAGGACUUCUCUUCAUUUUCAUACGGCAAAUGAAGUUUUUAUUGGCAAAUGUAACGUAUUUAGAGUAUCUGCAGAUUAAAAAGCUGAACGAGAUAGGAGUGAUUGAGCCCAGGAACCCAUACGACAAAGGGGUGCUAGGGAACCUGAAAAUAGCCCUGGGGAGUCCGCUGGGGUUCCUGGCGUGCAGAGAGCCAGAAGAUGCAAAAGUAUUUGGAUACAAAAACUACUGGCCUCCUCUGCGAAUGUCCAGGUCGAUGUCCUCCAGCCAGAUAGCGCUGAACUCUUCGAUAGCAGACAGAAUAUGA